CGGCGGGCACUAUGGCCGCGCGGAGGCCAUAGUCCGCCACUAGCUUGAAUGUUGGCUACCAGUCAGUUAGUUAGUUAGUCAGUCAGUCGGCUAGUCGCUAGCUAACAUCGCUAGCAGCCGCGGACAUUAAAGCUUGCUUUACUUUCUCUUCUCCUUCAGCGGCGGACAACAUGGCGUUAAAGUAACACUAGUAUGGCCGAGCGAGCGGGCACCGACGACGGCUUGCUGACUUCGCCCAACAUUCUGCGGGAUUUAAGCGCCAGCGGGCCGGGGGACGUGAGCGACAUGGACCCGGAGGACUCGGAGGACCCGGAGGUGUCCCUGGAGGACAUCCUGGUCCUCUACAACCAGCCCAUCAACGAGGAGCAAGCCUGGGCCGUCUGCUACCAGUGCUGCCGUACACUGGCGCGCAGCACACGGCGGCGGAAGGGCUCCAAGAGCGGCCGCGCCGCUGGAGAGUCCCCGCGGAGGGUGGAGGGACCCGGGGACGUGAAGAUCUGCAGUGACGGCACUGUUAGACUGGACCUUGAACGCAGCACAGAUAAAUACGGAUCAGCUUCCACGUCAUUAGAGGUCAUGGACUCGCUGGGCGUGAUGAUCUACAAAGCCCUGGACUUUGGGCUGAAAGAGAACGAGGAGCGCGAGCUGAGCCCGCCGCUGGAGCGCCUCAUCGACAUGAUGACCAACCCCCAAGAGGCCGAGGGCGACCUUUGCCCCGACGAGGGCUACGAGGCCACGGAGGAGGAGGAGGAGGACGAGGAGGAGGAGGAGGAGCGGGCUCUCACCUCCUUACCUGCCCGCACCGUCAGCCAAAUACGCAGCUACCGCGACGUCGUCACGUUAUGUUCCUCGCACCUUCCCAGCCCCUCCGAUGCCCCGGACCACUACCAGGCGGUGGUCCGCGUCCUCUACACGGAGUCCCGGGAACUGCGCACCUUCCUGGAGAAGAUCAAGAGUGCCAAGGAGAAUCUUCGUAAAAUGGAAGGCGAGACCCAGGGAGACCCCGCCAAAGACCUGGACGAGCUCCAGAACUCAGACUGGGCGCAGUUCUGGGUGCAGGUGAUGCGGGACCUGCGUCACGGCGUGCAGCUGAAGAAGGUGCAGGAGCGCCAGUACAACCCGCUGGUCACCGAGUACCAGCUGACGCCCUACGAGAUGCUGAUGGGCGACAUCCGCUUGAAGCGCUACAAGCUGCGCAAAGUCAUGGUGAACGGUGUCAUUCCUCCCAGGCUGAAGAAGAGCGCCCAUGAGGUCAUUCUGGAGUUCAUCAGGUCACGACCCCCGCUCAACCCCGUGUCCGCUCGCAAGCUGAAGCCACACCCUCCACGUCCUCCCAGCCUACAUGAGCGCCUCCUGGAGGACAUCAAGGCUGAGAGGAAGCUCAGACCUGUGUCUCCUGACCUCAUCCGCAGGAAGCGUCUGGGUGCAGGGAAAAGCAUGAGCACACCUCAGGAUUUGUGCCGCAGCUCAGACACUCCUGAUGGGACUAAGAAGAUGGCGUCCAGCACGCAGUCACUAAUCAGAGGCACGGUGGCGUUCACUAGAAAUGGCGCCAAGCAACUCAGCCAACGCAAGAGAGUCCUGAAGGCACCGACACUGGCAGAACUGGACAGCUCGGAGUCAGAAGAGGAGAACACACGCUGCAGCUCCUUGAUGGAUUUAUCUCCUGACGCUGUCAAAGGCAAGAAAAUGGUGUGCAACAGUGGUGUAUCAGACAAACAACAAAGAAUACAGUCUAUGAACAGUGAUGUCAUCUCUCCUUACAAUGAUGUCAUCUCUCCUUACGUCAACUCUCUCUCCUCCAAGUCUCUGCUGAUGGACACCAGCAGCAAGGAGGAGUUGUGCUUCCCGGUGGAGUGUGUGGUGCUGACGGUGGAGGAGGUGAUGCACAUCCGGCAGGUUCUGGUGAAAGCUGAGCUGGAGAAGUUCCAGCAGUACAAAGAUGUUUAUGCUGCCCUCAAGAAGGGGAAGCUUUGUUUCUCAUGUCGAACCAAACGCUUCUCCUUCUUCACCUGGUCGUACACCUGCCACUUCUGCAAGAGGCCCGUGUGCUCGCAGUGCUUCACCAAGAUGCGUCUGCCGUCCAAGCCGUACUCCACCCUGCCAAUCUACACUCUGAGUCCCAGCACGGCUCUCACAGACAACAUGGCCGCCAGAGACAACAUGGCCGCAUCUCCAGACUCGUCCAAGGAGCCGUUUGGGUCGGCCCAGAACCGAAGGAGCCUGCGCAGGUUCUCCAGGGCGGGCAAAGACGAGGACGCCCCGCUGGAGCUGGAGCUGCCCAAGGAGCUGAUGGAGGACUGGGUGGUGACGGAGGUGUGUGUGGACUGCAAGAAGUUCAUCACGGAGAUCAUCUCCUCCAGCAGGCGCAGCAUCACUGCCACCUCCAAGAGGGCUCGCCUCAACCGCCGCACUCAGUCCUUCUACAUGGCCUCCUCCAGCUCCCUCACCUUCAGACCCUCCAACUUCACCAUCAACGAGGCCUAGACCUUCUCACCAUCAACCAGGCCUAGACCUUCUCAACCAGGCCUAGACCUUCUCUGCAUCAACCAGGCCUAUACCUUCUCAACCAGGCCUAGACCUUCUCAGCAUCAGCCAGGCCUAGACCUUCUCAACCAGGCCUAGACCUUCUCACCACCAACGAGGCCUACACCUUCUACAUGGCCUCCUCCAGCUCCCUCACCUUUAGACCCUCCAACUUCACCAUCAACGAGGCCUAGACCUUCUCACCAUCAACGAGGCCUAGACCUUCUCACCAUCAACGAGGCCUACACCUUCUACAUGGCCUCCUCCAGCUCCCUCAACUUCAGACCCUCCAACAUCACCAUCAACAAGGCCUAAACCUUCUCAACCAGGCCUAGACCUUCUCUGCAUCAACCAGGCCUAUACCUUCUCAACCAAGCCUAGACCUUCUCAGCAUCAGCCAGGCCUAGACCUUCUCAACCAGGCCUAGACCUUCUCGCCAUCAACGAGGCCUAGACCUUCUCGCCGAGCUCUAGACCUUCUCCCCAUCAACGAGGCCUAGACCUUUUCGCCGAGGCCUAGACCUUUUUCACCAUCAACCAGGCCUAGACCUUCUCAGCAUCAGCCAGGCCUAGACCUUCUCAACCAGGCCUAGACCUUCUCGCUGAGGCCUAGACCUUCUCAGCAUCAGCCAGGCCUAGACCUUCUCAACCAGGCCUAGACCUUCUGGCCAUCGAGUAGUAGACCUUCUGGCCAUGGAGGAGUAGACCAUCUGGCCAUGGAGGAGUAGACCAUCUGGCCAUGGAGGAGUAGACCAUCUGGCCAUGGAGGAGUAGGCCAUGGAGGAGUAGACCUUCUGGCCAUGGAGGAGUAGACCAUCUGGCCAUGGGGGAGUAGGCCAUGGAGGAGUAGACCAUGGAGGAGUAGACCUUCUGGCCAUGGAGGAGUAGACCAUCUGGCCAUGGGGGAGUAGACCAUCUGGCCAUGGAGGAGUAGACCAUCUGGCCAUGGGGGAGUAGACCAUCUGGCCAUGGAGGAGUAGACCUUCUGGCCAUGGAGGAGUAGACCAUCUGGCCAUGGGGGAGUAGACCAUCUGGCCAUGGAGGAGUAGACCAUCUGGCCAUGGGGGAGUAGACCAUCUGGCCAUGGAGGAGUAGACCAUCUGGCCAUGGAGGAGUAGACCAUCUGGCCAUGGAGGAGUAGACCAUCUGGCCAUGGGGGAGUAGACCUUCUGGUCAUGGAGGAGUAGACCAUCUGGCCAUGGAGGAGUAGACCUUCUGGCCAUGGAGGAGUAGACCUUCUGGCCAUGGGGGAGUAGACCAUCUGACCAUGGAGGAGUAGACCAUGGAGGAGUAGACCAUCUGGCCAUGGAGGAGUAGACCUUCUGGAAGAAAACACACCUGCACUUUGAGAAUGUAGAAGCAUGAAUGGAAGGAAGCCCCGCCCCCAUAUUGUUCUUGUCCAAUACCAGCUCAGCACUCAGGAAGAACAAGUGAUUGUCCUUUGUUCCAAUGCACUGUAGCUCCGCCCCCUCAGGCCCCUCCCCCUUUUCUUCAACAAUUAUGCCAAAAAAUGUUGAGAUUUGUCCCCAAAUGAAGUUUGUGUGCCAAAUGUUUUGUACAGAAUGUUUUUAUUUGGCUUUGGUUCCCUCAGUCCUGAUCAAAACCUGUAAAUGAAUCAUCUCAGAUCAAAGACUUUGUCAUCUUUUACGAUUGUUGUUGCACUUUUUCAUGCAUCAAACUGUGCCAUCCAAACUGUACGUCUUUCAUGUCUGCUUGUCCAUCAAAGACCUUCUUCAUGUCCGCUUGUCCAUCAAAGACCUUCUUCAUGUCUGCUUGUCCAUCAAAGACCUUCUUCAUGUCCGCUUGUCCAUCAAAGACCUUCUCCAUGUCUGCUUGUCCAUCAAAGACCUUCUUCAUGUCUGCUUGUCCAUCAAAGACCUUCUUCAUGUCUGCUUGUCCAUCAAAGACCUUCUUCAUGUCUGCUUGUCCAUCAAAGACCUUCUCCAUGUCUGCUUGUCCAUCAAAGACCUUCUUCAUGUCUGCUUGUCCAUCAAAGACCUUCUUCAUGUCUGCUUGUCCAUCAAAGACCUUCUUCAGGUCUGCUUGUCCAUCAAAGACCUUCUGAUCAAGGUCUGCAUGCUUUCUUCUUGUUGUAGCCAAGAAACUACAAAUAAAUCGAUUCUUUCUUAUA